AUGGCAUCCCAAUUCGAUAACAUCAUCGAGUCCAUAAUCUCUAGCACACCUUCUGGUGAAAUUCAGCAUGUUUAUAAAGACCUGAAACUAAUUGCGGGUCAGCAAUCGGAAGAUACAAUUUUAGAUGCGAUUGCGAAGUUCAAUGUCUCGAACUUUAUUCCUAUUGAUGUCGACGGUAAGUCGGUCAUAAUCUCACCGUACAAUAAGGAGGGCUCCAAGUUUUUUGAUCCAGAGAGCUCUACCAUGUUUUCUGUCGACCAUUUGAACCGUAAAGCCCUUGACAUUGAGAAAUGUGAAAAGUUCCUCAGUGAUGAAGAGAGAAGGCUUUAUGUGCAGUUGGAAAACUACGCAAGCAAAGCUUUUCCCGGCGACCUUACCUAUGCAGUUUAUUCGAAGGGUGGAGAGUCUAAAGAGGUCAUUUUAACGAUAGUCAGUACAAAAUACAGCCCCGGAAACUUUUGGAAUGGCCAUUGGAGAUCUAUUUACCACUACGAUUUAGAGACGCACGAUCUUCGCGGAGUGAUCGAAGUAAACAUACACUACUUUGAGGAUGGAAACGUUAGUUUCCAGUGCAAAAAAGAGGUCCAGGAAUCAGCGACAUCUGAUGCCAUAGUGUCGAUCAAGCAACUGGAUGCAAAGCUUGAAGAGGAGAUGGGGGCAUCGUUCGCGCAAAUGAAUGAUAGGGACUUUAAAUUGCUAAGAAGGAGGCUGCCAGUAACCCGCUCCAAAAUAUCAUGGGGCAAGGGAAUAGGAACCUACAGGUUAGGUAAGGAUUCUGCUGAAAAUCAAUUCAAGUAA